AUAAUACUAAUUAAAAUAUUUAAUAUCUAGAAAAAUGAUAAAAUUUAGAAGAUUCAUCUCUUGCUCAUCCAGGAAAUUGAUACCCAGGAAGCAGACGCGGUUCUGAUUUGCAAGGUAGAACGUCCGAAGAAAAAUGGACAAGCUUAAGGGCAUGUUGAAGCACAAACCGAGCCCGCAAGAGCAACUGAGAGAUUGGCAACGACGGCUACGCCAAGAGUGCCGCAAUAUCGAGCGCCAAAUCAGAGAUGUUCAGAGGGAGGAAAAGAACGUGCAUAAAGCAAUUAGAGAAGCUGCCAAGAGAAAUGACAUGGGCUCAGCAAAGGCACUUACGAAGGAAAUUGUGAUGUCAAGAAAGACUGUGAAUCGCCUUCAUGAGAAUAAGGCCCAACUGAACUCAAUCUCAAUGCAUCUUGGAGAAAGUGUCGCAAUUGCCCGUACUGUGGGUCAUUUGUCCAAGAGUGCAGAGGUCAUGAAACUUGUGAAUAACCUCAUGAAAGCUCCGGAAAUGGCACUCACAAUGCAAGAAUUUAGCAAAGAAAUGACCAAGGCAGGGGUAAUUGAAGAAUUCGUGACUGAUUCUGUUGACUCGGCACUGGAUUCGGAAGAUAUAGAGGAAGAAACUGAAGAAGAAGUUGGCAAAGUCCUGACUGAAAUAGCUGGUGAAACGGCUACUCAGCUUCCAGAAGCUGCCAGGAAGGAAAGGAUAGAGUUACCUGCCCAGAGAGCUAGCACUUCUCAAGAAGAAGAGGCUAUUGCAGAAGGUGCAGACGAUGAGGAAGAACUGGAAGAGUUGAGAGCACGGCUUGCGAAAGUGAGAUCGUAAUUUUUCGCAUUGUGAGCAUGGCUUAUUCACACCGUAUUAGAAAAUAAGAGUGUGUAAAUUAUUGUUGGAGCCAAUCGUUCUAUUUGGCAGCAUAGGGCUCCCCACCAAGCAUUCUACAUAGUGCAUACAUCAUUGUGACAAAAGUAGUUUCUUUGCAAUGGCCGUUUGUGUUUGAUCUGUCAUGUAAUACCUUACUAAUAAGUAUUAACUUACUUUCUGUUCUAAUGUAUGUGAAUUUCCUUCAAAUAAAUAUUUAUGCCCUUUUCUUUGUAUUUA